GAUUUGUCCCCUUGAGCACAAGGAUCAGAAUCUUUAAGGACAUGUGCAAAGUACAGAAUUUGUUUCCUCAUUAUCUUACUGCUAGUCAGGGCACUUUUGGAAUUUGGAUGUGGUGGYUUCACUGGGAAUGAAAAGAGCUGUAUGCUUUGGCAGGAUCAGGUUCACAGAGUCCUGGAAGAAGCCUUCAGGUCUGUUAAUACUGCAGUGACGUUGGACCACUGCUUUGAACAGACUGGAAGGAGGCUAUCAUUCUGGUACAUUGGCUGCUCACAGUGUGGGGAUGCAUGAAUUAUUUGUUGCCACACUCCUAUGCCUGGGGAAAUUUCAGUGUCCUUGCAAUGGGGAUCUGGGCCAUUGUGCAGCGAGAUUCCCUUGAUGCCAUAAUGAUGUUCCUGACUGGCCUGCUGCUCACAGUCCUCACAGACAUUAUUCACAUCUCUAUCUUCUACCCUUCACAUGACUACCUCAGUGAUGCGAAGCGUUUCAGUAUAGGCAUGGCCAUCUUCAGCCUCCUCCUCAAACCUGUGUCCUGCUAUUUGGUGUAUCGAAUGUAUCGGGAGCGUGGAGGAGAGUACACCUUUAACAUAGGUGUCAGCAGUGCGGGCCAGAACCGCAGCACUUACGAGCCCAUCGAUCAGCCAGACGCGCCUCCACAGUGGCCUUCCUCCAGCAAGGCAGCCCAGCCCCCGUACUGAGGCACCUGCAGCCCAGGAUGGACACUGCCCUCACCCAGCCGAGCCUUCCAUUCUCCCCGUGGAACAGCACCUGCUGCUGGGCAAACAGAAGAUCUGAUAUUUCUUUUGCCUCCCUAAAGGUUAGGCAGAUGGGUUCUGCAGUAAKUCCAGAAGAUCUUGGAGGUGUCAUGUUAAAGCACUGUGACUCAUUGUAAUCCCAGUACUUUUCUUUUCCUCCUCCCCCUAAAUCCCUCCUCUGUACAUGUGACUGGAUGCACCUUCUGCAGUCUUCCAGAUCUUCUGCUGUGUUUCCUCUUUGUUGUAAGAAAACCACUCAAAGUACUCCYGGACAAGCAAUCUUUAAAAGGCUUAUGGACUGCCCUAAAACAGUACAGUGUAGCCUGAUUUURUGUAGAUAUAUUUCCAGGAAACAUCUGUCAGUUCCCAAGAUCUGUUUUUGAUGGCAUUAUUUAACUUCUUGUGCUCCCGGUAUCUGGUAUUGUGUUUUAUUAACUGAUGCUUUUAUGCAAGUUGAACAUCUUUCAGGAUACUUAAAAUGACUGUUGAAUGUAAUYAUAAAUACUUUGUGCCUUGAAAUAUCCUUUUGCCUUCAGCUGCCUGUCUUAACAGAACUUGAAAUGUUACAUUUUUCUAAGAAAACCAUAAAAUKAAUACAGUUUUUCUGUGUUAGAAAAAGUUACAUUGGUCACUUAUGUCUCAUUUGAAAAUGUAGUUUUUUCUGAGUGCUUGGGACUGUAGCCAGGCAGUCUGGGAGGGUCAUUAUGGGGGAAGGGUCUCUGAUGGCAUUUAGUCUAAGCUUUACUCUGAGAAGUAGAAGAUACUGCUUACAAUUGUAUGGGUGGGAGGGUGGGCUUGUAAAAUGGGCGUUGCAGAAGGAUGGAUUUAUUUACACUG